AUGGCCAAUUCUGCAACUCCUACAGAUAGUUCCAGCGUCCGCCAAGCACUGGAGCGUGCCCGUAACUGCGAGCCUGAUGCCGUUGAUCGACACACGACCGACAUACUCGAGGCCGCCAUCACGAAUUUGUGGCAGAGGAUACAGAAUGCGCCAGAUACCUAUGUGCUGAAUGGGGACGAAUUUGCAUUAUUCAACUAUUUCCGUGGCAGAUAUGGCCAGAACCGGAUUGCCCAAUUGGCAGUGGAACGGUUCUGGAACAAUUACCGUGGGAACAGCGCAAACAGUGAUGGAAGUAAGACAUAG